AUAUGCAAGGUUUGUCUCCGCUGGAUGGGGCUAGCUGUGUGGUGAUGAAUGCUGCCUCAGGUCAGUGGCAGAGUUACCAUUGUGGGACUCCACUUCCAUAUAUUUGCAAGAAGUCACUCAAUGAAGUUCCAAGCCUCCCAGAGUUUUGGAGACACUUGGAUACUCGCUGUGAUUCAGGCUGGCUUCCCCACAAUGGUUUUUGCUACAUGCUGGUAAACAACCAGGCACCUUGGAGUACGGCAGAUGAGUUGUGCAAAGCAAGUAAGAGUAACCUCAUCAGCAUACACUCAUUAGCAGAUGUCGAAGUGGUUGUUACAAAGCUUCAUAAUGGUGCUAAAGAAGAAAUGUGGAUGGGUCUCAGGAAUGAAGAUGUACCAACCUUAUUCAAAUGGUCAGAUCACUCAGCUGUGAAUUUUACAUAUUGGGAUCAGAAUCAACCAAGAGUUCCUUUUAACAGCACUCCUAACUGUGUGUCAUACUCAGGAGAGUUGGGACAGUGGAGAGUCAAAUCUUGUGAAGAAAAAUUGAAAUAUGUGUGCAAGAAAAAAGGAGAGAUUUUGAAUGAAACGAAAUCAGAUAAAAGUUGUUCAUUGGAAGAGGGAUGGGAGAGACAUGGAAACUACUGUUACAAGAUUCAUAAAACAGAAGUUUCAUUUGGAGCACAGUGCAAUCUUACAGUGAUGAACAGAUUUGAGCAAGAAUUUAUAAACAGUCUAAUUAGAAAACUUACCAAAGUUGAAGAAAAAUACUUCUGGACCGGUUUGCAGGAUAUUAGCCAAUCAGGAAUAUAUUCCUGGGGUACAGUGGAUGGAGAAAAAACUGAAGCUGUGACAUACACUAACUGGAAUUCCUUGCAGCCAG